GAUACGGUGCGGCGCUGCGGGGUCCGCUACGGAGGAUGUGGCGGCAGCGCUGGCGGCAGCAGCGGCAGGAGGAGCGGGGAGCGAUGCGGUACUGCGCGCCGGGGCCCUGGCCGCACGGCGGAGGCGCGCUCACCACCCUCCUGCUGACAGCGUUUUUGUUAAGCUCUGCUGAUGGCAAUAGCGGAACAGUUAACUGGACGACUAAGCAAGCCCACAGUUAUAUUAUCAGCAGAAUAAAGGCUGUUGAGAAGAAUGUGUACACGAUUCUGUCUAAGGUGCACUCUGAUCGGAAUGUAUACCCUUCUGCUGGAGUUCUUUUUGUUCAUGUUUUGGAGAGAGAGUACUUUAAGGGGGAAUUUCCUCCUUACCCAAAGCCUGGUGAAAUAAGUAAUGAUCCUAUAACAUUUAAUACCAAUUUAAUGGGUUACCCUGACAGACCUGGAUGGCUACGCUAUAUACAAAGGACACCAUACAGCGAUGGAGUUCUGUAUGGCUCACCAACUGUAGAAAAUGUAGGCAAACCAACCAUCAUUGAGAUCACUGCAUAUAACAGACGUACCUUUGAGACAGCAAGACAUAAUUUGAUCAUUAAUAUAAUGUCAGCAGAAGAUUUUCCUUUACCGUAUCAAGCGGAGUUCUUCAUACGGAAUAUGAAUGUAGAAGAAAUGUUAGCAAGUGAAGUUCUUGGUGACUUUCUUGGAGCAGUGAAAAAUGUAUGGCAGCCAGAACGUUUGAAUGCCAUAAACAUUACUUCAGCCCUCGACAGAGGAGGGAGAGUUCCACUUCCUAUUAAUGACAUGAAAGAGGGUGUGUAUGUUAUGGUUGGGGCAGAUGUUCCAUUCUCCUCAUGCUUACGAGAAGUGGAAAACCCGCAAAAUCAGCUGAGAUGCAGUCAAGAAAUGGAGCCUGUAAUAACCUGUGAUAAAAAAUUUCGUACUCAAUUCCAUAUUGACUGGUGUAAAAUCUCUCUGGUUGACAAUACAAAGCAAGUUUCCACCUUUCAGGAAGUGAUUCGUGGAGAAGGGAUAUUGCCUGAUGGUGGAGAAUACAAGCCACCUUCUGAUACACUGAAAAGCAGAGACUAUUACUCAGAUUUCCUAAUUACACUGGCAGUGCCCUCAGCAAUAGCACUUGUGCUUUUCCUAAUACUGGCCUAUAUCAUGUGCUGCCGACGGGAAGGAGUGGAAAAGAGAAACAUGCAAACACCAGACAUCCAGUUGGUCCACCACAGUGCUAUACAGAAAUCAACCAAAGAGCUUCGUGACAUGUCUAAAAAUAGAGAGAUAGCAUGGCCUCUUUCCACACUCCCAGUGUUCCACCCAGUUACUGGUGAGAUUGUACCCCCCCUUCACACAGACAGCUACGAUAACACCAGUAUGCCACUGAUGCAGACACAGCAGAACCUGCCGCAUCAGACUCAGAUUCCACAGCAGCAGAGUGCAGGAGAAUUUCGUAUGACAACAUUUCAAAGAUUUGAGGUAAAUGGUAUUCCUGAGGAAAGAAAACUAACAGAAGCAAUGAAUUUGUAAUUGGAGAAGGCAGCAAAUUGUCUUACUUCCUUAUUUGUUCUGAUUGAUGCAUGAGUUUUUCUGGUGUACAUUGUGCAUGCCCACAGUAUUGAGAUGAUUUCAGUGCCAGAGAGUACAAUCACUUCCACACAACUAAUGUACUGUAUCCUUUUGUACUUUGGACGUUUUUGACAAUUUGUAAACACUGAUAACUUUUUAUAUUUGUUACAUUCAGAAAAGAGUCUUUCAAAUAUAUGUAUUAAUAAAUAUCAGACUUUAUUCUGUCUUGUGAGCUCCCCUGAAAGAUUUAACAGGGAAAGCGAAGCUUCGAAAUAAGCACCAGGUUUGAAGGGUCGCUUGCAGAUUCUGUUGGAUGGGAUGAUACAACUGCCUUACGUUUGCACACAAAAAGCACUUGUGUGUAAGCAUGAAAACUUGUGCGUUAUCCUGAGGCUCAGAAUAGGAUUCCAGAUUUAGUAGGCUUUAGUUUUUUAGAGAUUAUCAAAAUUUAAUGAGCAAAGUUAUUUUUGGAAGGAAAAAAAAAACCCUAACAAAAACCCCCAAACCAAACCCUAAAACUACUCCUGUUGAAAAUUGGAUUUCUGUUCCUUUACCAGAUCUUUACUCUAUUUGGAAGCAAUAAAACAUUUAAAAUCUGUC